GUGUUAUCGGUUUACAGCUGUGAGGUGUUUAGUGCGACGGCGGCUUCAAUUUGGAGCUUUUAUGCGACUCCAAAGUUAAAUGGGCCCAAUUUUAAAGCAACUGUACUGUAAUCAGUGUGUCACAGGAUGAUUAAAUUGCAGCCUGAAUUUCCUCGGCCGUAUUUUAAUUUUCGUUGCGGUGAGGUGCUUUGCGUUAGCCCCACAAACUACGAUGUGUGCUGUGCGCUGUGUGGCCAGCGGGUGCCAUACGCAGGAUUUCCUCAGCACUUUCGCCGGAUUCAUCUGACGGAGACAGAAAAGGAGACUGAAGACUGCAAGUUGUUUACUGAACAGGUAGAAGAACAGCAUCUGGAUGCGCCGGUGGAGUUCGAACCGUUAAUCAUUAAGUCCGAGGAUGAUCCAAUUGCACAUGACGUCCUUCACGAAUCCAAUGAGCAUAUACAUGUUGAUUUAGCACAGAUAGCGCUACUUGACCGGGAGCACGAGACUGACAAAGAUGCAGAUGUUACUGCUGCAUUUGAAGAUUUGGAUGACACUAGCACAAUUGAUGCCCGGCGCUGGCGACGGGAAGCAGCACUAAACAAUAUUGUAGAGCUGCAAACGCAGACCUCAGAAAAUGAAACAGUUGUGGACGGACAUCUAGACGCCCGCCUUGUAGUCAGUGAGGAGUCGGCUUCUGAUAACAAUGAUGAGAAGGACAACACAAGAGACAUGCUCUUUCAGUGCGAUCAAUGUGACCGCGCCUACAAUACCAAGCGAAGUCUCCAGAGCCACAAGCGCGGCAAACACAAUGUUCGCAAACCAGCAAAGCUUCAUAGGAUUGCAGGAGAGCCAACAAAGAUAGCACCAGCUACGGCGAGCAACGUUCGCCGGGGACAGCGCAAGGGUCCCGCCAAGAUCUAUAAAUGCGAUGAAAAUGAGUGCAAUCAGACAUUUCGAACGGAGCGCGAUUUGCGUGGUCAUCGAUGGAAGCACACGGGCAUAUUUUGCGACAUCUGUGGCAAGCCCUUCACUCAGUCCGGCAACAUGAUGCGCCAUCGCCAGCGACACAGCGGCAUCAAACCGUACAAGUGUCAGGAGCCAGACUGCGAGGCCACCUUCUAUACGCAAAAGGAGCUGACGUCGCACAACAUUUGCCAUACCGGUCGCAUGCCCUGCAUAUGUGAGGUGUGCGGCCGUCCCUGUCGGGAUCGCGGCGUACUCACCGCCCAUAUGCGGCGUCAUACUGGCGAACGACCCGCUAAGUGUGAGGUAUGUGGCAAGGCCUUCUAUAGCUUCCACGACCUCAACGUGCACGCGGUCUCGCACACAAAUCUGCGACCUUUCGUUUGUGAUGUCUGCGGCUCCACGUUUCAGCGUAAAAAAGCGCUUCGCGUUCACAAGAUGCUGCACUCCGACCAGCGAAAAUAUUCAUGUCAGCUAUGCGACAAAACGUUCGCUCAAUCGGGCGGUCUUAAUGCUCACAUACGUACCCACGAGUCGGCCCGGGCCAGGGCGAGAGCAAAUGCCAAAGGAGCUUCGAAAUCAACCGUGGAGCCAGCAACGCCAAUUGAAGUCGAAGGCGUAAAUACGAAGAAACUGCUGGAGGAGUCUGUCACAAUUGAGCUGAUCCAGGAGCAGCAUGUGAAAGUUGUUGCCGUUGCGGCUGCGGGCAGCUGGCAUGUAGCAUAGUUUUUCGCUCUGUCUAGCAUAAUCCCAUUAGCCUCAAGUGGGGCUUGCAAUGUAAAUAUUAAAUUGGAUAUCGCAAAUGGAAAUGUAUCAUAAAAAACUAACUUAAAUAUUUUUCCUAACAUAAUUGUCUAUAUAAAAAGAGGGAGAAGAUAGAGAGAUCCAGGUUGUAUUAUACCCAAAUAAUCAUGACAGCGAUUGCUAAAGAGAAAGCUCGCGGCUGUGCCCGCCUGGGAGACACCCUGUAUCCCUCGCCGAGCUACUCUGCCAAACAUUCUAGCCUUCUCGUACGCAUGUCGCUGCGUAUAGUAUAAAAGAAUGUAUAUUUUAAAUUUCAGGUUUAUAUUUUUGAAAAAUCUCAUAUAUGAGCCAGGAUACCAAAUUUAAAGUCUCUACUUCGUAAAGUCUUUGAGUAAGAGGUCAACCGAUUUGUAUUUUGAAUGGGAACAUAUUAUCAAAAUGGGCGUAGUUCUUUAUAUAAAUAAUCACUCCAUAUCGAUACAAAAGAUUCCUUUAUUUUUUACUACAUAAUUAUUUUUUUUUGCUUACCUAGGUGUAUGCAAUAUAUUGCCUAAGUGUCUAUAUUAUGUAUAUAAAUAUUUAUAUUUGUAGUAUCUAUGCUGCCAUGAAUAUUGCCAAGAGUAAAAUAGUCACCUAGGCAGAAAUAUAAAUAAUCGAACAACUUAUAAUAUAA